AUGGCUGCUGCUCAAAGGAAUCCUCGUCAGCUUCAGUUCAAGCUCGUCUUGCUCGGCGAGUCGGCUGUCGGCAAGUCGAGUCUGGUGCUCCGCUUCGUCAAGGACCAAUUUGACGACUACCGCGAGAGCACCAUCGGAGCUGCCUUCCUCACACAGACCGUCAGCUUGGAUGCGCAGACCACGGUCAAAUUCGAGAUCUGGGACACAGCGGGACAAGAGCGAUACAAGUCGCUGGCACCCAUGUACUACCGCAACGCCAACUGCGCAGUAGUAGUGUACGAUAUCACCCAACCUUCUUCUCUCGACAAGGCCAAGGCAUGGAUCCGCGAGCUUCAGCGUCAGGCGGAUCCCAACAUCAUCAUCGCGCUUGCCGGCAACAAGGCCGAUCUGGCGAGUACGCGACGUGCAAUUCCCACCGAAGAGGCGGAAAAGUACGCACAGGAGGAGGGUCUCCUCUUCCUCGAGACCUCGGCCAAGGAUUCGUCCAACGUCUCGGAGCUGUUCACCAUGAUUGCGCGCAAGCUGCCGACAGAGCAGGCGGCCAGUUCGCAACAGGGUGGUCGGGCAGGCGCAGCAUCUGCUGCUGGAGCUGGAGGCGCAAGACCAGGCGUCAACCUCAACGGGCAGCAAGGAGGUCAACAGCAGGAUGCUUGCAACUGCUAG